GGCGGGGCCGCCUCUCUGCGGGCAGGUGCGGCCAUGUCGGGGCAGGCGCUGGAGGAGCUCUCGGCGCUCGCCGCCAUCUACUGCGAGCCGGACGCCUGCGAGGUGCUGGCGGUCUCAGAAACGCAUGGAAUCACAUUUAGAAUUCAAAUCAACGUGAAAGAACUACUGGAUACAGAUAUACUUUUAAAGCUGUUAUUUCAUUUGCCAGUUAAUUAUCCAUCAACUCUACCAGAAAUUUCUGUUAACUCAGACCAGCUUACAAGGGCCCAGUGUGCGGAGGUGAAAGAUAAAUUACUUGAACAAGCAAAGAAACAUCUUUCUGAACCCAUGGUGCAUGAGCUGGUUCUUUGGAUACAGGAGAAUCUUAAAUAUGUCAUUAAGCAACCAGCAACAGUUUGCAAUGAAAAAAGUACUUUGUCAAAAGCAGAAAGUACAGAGGAUGCUAUCUGGAUGCUCCUUUUGCAUUUAGAUCACAUGAGAGCAAAGGCAAAAUACGUCAAAACUGUGGAAAAAUGGGCUUCAGAUCUAAGGCUGACUGGAAGACUGAUGUUCAUGGGCAAGAUAAUAUUGAUUCUUCUUCAGGGUGACAGGAGCAACAUUAAGGAGUACUUGAUUCUUCAGAAAACUUCUAAGGUAGAUGUGGACUCAAGCGGAAAGAAAUGCAAAGAGAAAAUGAUUAGUGUACUGUGUGAGACAAAAGUACAAUCACAGCAUAAAAGGUUUCAGAUGUUUGAAGUCAAAGAAUAUUCAACACUGGAUGAGCUACAAAAGGAAUUUGAAACUGCAGGACUUGCGACUCUCUUCUCUGAGUUUGUGCCUCCUCUCUUAAAGUAAAAAUAAAACACUGGACCAAAGCAGCAGUCGAUUGCAGAUGCUGCUGGAAAAUACAAAGACUAAUUUAACAAACAAGAUUUUCUGGAAAAAAAAAUUGAAGUAUAUAUCCUUUUGCAAUAAGGAGAAAGCAACUCAUACAUUAUGAAUUGAUAAUCUUUUGACUCCUAUGCAUUAUAACUUUUUCAAAGGAAUGUGGAGUUAAUUGUGAUAUUUGCAUGGCAAACAUGAGAGACGGGGAGGAAGUCAUGUUAAAAUAAGUCUUUCAAUUAAACUGUUUUUCAGUCCCUGU